UUCAUUGCGUGAAAAUAAUAAUAAACAAAACUUCAGAACAAAACAAAAACUGAUUGUGGAAAUUUACCCAAACAUAAAAACCUAGGUAAAUUCAUCAAUACAAAACGAUGGUACGGAGGCAGCGCGAACAGAGUACAUCUGAAGAUGACAUAGUUAUCGACAGUUCACCUCCAAAGAAGCACAAAAGGCAUAAACACAAAAAGCAUAAGAAAAGGAGGAUCGAAAAUGAAUUUGACAGUGAUACAUCCAUCGACGUUUCUUAUGAAGAUGUUUUGGAUAAAACUUAUAAAAUGAAAGUGAAGACAGGCAGGGAUGUUGCUGGGUCUUCUGCGGCAGAUCUUCUAAAAGCUCAAACCAUGAAGUCGUCUUCAGACUCCCGGAGAUCAAUGCCUGGUUCUUCAUCAAGUACCCCUCCAAAAGCAUCAAAGAAGAAGAAAAAGGGAAGAGACAGUGGCACUUCCAGUGAGGAAGAAAGAUGGCUUGAUGCUAUAAAAUCGGGAAAGCUCGAAGAGGUUGAUGAUGAACUCAAAAAGAUUAAACCAAAGGACCCCAAAAUGAUGACAGCAAGGCAAAGAGCUAUGUAUGAAAGAGGUACAGAUAAGGAGGCAGGCCUUAGUGAAGUUUUGUUAGCUCUACCUUCAGGCUACAAGGAAAAAGUCAUGACUGCAGAAGCCCUCCAAAAAGCUGCUUUGAAAUCACAGAAGCGGAAGCAAUUGGCAGAUGAGAAGCGGGAAAAAGACAAAAAGAAAACAAUGGACAGAUUACUAAAGAAACAAGAAUCUAAGAAUUUGAAAAAUAUGCAGAAAUGUAAACCUACUAGAAAACACGAACCAAUGAUAGUUUAUAAAAUCAAUAAUAAUGAAAUCACACUUUCUUUACCCCCUGGUAUUCCAUUUCCAUUGGAGGCCCAGCCACCCAAAGAGGCACCUAAACCAACCUUAUGUGGAGUAAGUGGGUGCGAGAACAUUAAAAAGUAUAAUUGUUCUAAAACUGGUAUAGCAUUAUGUAGUCUAGAAUGUUAUAAGAAAAAUUUGAACAAUAUUUCAAUGCAAUAAAUUAUGAGUAUCAACAGAAUUUUUUUUUGGCAACCAUUAUUUCUCUGCAUUAUUCUCCUACUGACCGAACCUAUGGCAAAGUUAAAAAUGUAGUUUGAGAAAUGUGCAGAAAAAUCACAUGUUCUAUGAGAUUAUAUUUUCACUAAGUUCCUACAUAACUAAUGUUAGGAUUUUCAUAUGAUAAUAAAACAUACACUUGGAGUAAAUGUUUAAAUCAGUGAUGAACGCUGUUUACUGAUUAUAAUUUGUUUGUCAGUCCAGUAUGAUGUAACAGUGGACAUGUGAAGAUGAGAAACUUAAAACUGGACAUGCUCAAUAAUCGGUUAAUGUGUAAGUCAGCUUUAUGCAAAGGGAGAGAAAACGAACGAAAUACAUACAUACAUAUAAUAUGUGUAGAACCUUUAUACAUUUAUCACAAAACACCUUUGUUAUACCAGGGCCUCAUAAUUAAAAGGGAAUUUAUUAGUUUUAGUUACCAAUAAAACAACAAAGGACAUCUAAACAGUGAGCAUAUAUUUUGUUAACAAGAAAUAGACAUUUAUAGAAUUAAAUUACACUAAGCUACACCUAGUGACUUCCUUCGAAACCAGUCUUUCAGGGAAUCAAGUUGGAAUAAAGAAUUCUGUAGAUAAUUGAUUUUUGUUGAAAUAAAAGAUAAAAAAUUCAUCAUCUAUCUAAUAGUCUCUUACAGUCAUGCAUGAGUAAAAUUAUUUCAUAGUACUGGGUGUCAUACAAAUGUUUAUAUAUAAACAUGCAUAAAAACUACCUAAGAGUGCCUGACCUAGGAAACUAUCAUAGCCUCCUACAAUCAUUUGUUCCAAAAUGAGCUAUUAAAAUUAUUUUUAAAGUAGAAAGACUAGACUAUUCAAUUGUUUAAUUUAUUGGUAUGUCUACUGAGGACAAGUCUAUUUGUUUAUGUUCAGUGUACAACUUUGCUAAAAAUAAUUAGUACUUAUUUACAUAUCAUUCUCUUUCAGUGGAUAUUUUUUCACACUUGGACUAUACUGUGAUAAUGUAUUUGCACAUAACUUAAUUCAUUUGAA